AUGGCAGCAUCAAAUGUGCUUUCCGCCGACGCGGUAGCCCCAAGGCUCGACUACUUAUUACGGCGUGCCCGUGUUGUCAAGCAGAGUACUGCGAUCGAUCCUCCACUCCAAGUUUCUGAGCUUGUACCGGAAAGCGAGCCUCUGCUCGGCGAGAUCGAAGGAGGGAAGGAAGUGCGAACGCUUGCGGUCGAGAGUGCAGCCAAGAGUGUAUUCUAUGCCAAUCUUGGUUCCACCCAGAUUGAGGAGCCGGCCUUCGUAACCGUCUGGAAUCUACUCGACAUCCUCCAGUACUGUGGAGAUCGGGACCUCUGCCAUCCGCAGCUCGUACUGUUGCUCAUCGAAGAAUUGCUUGACAGCCAAUCAAUCUCAGGAUGUCGCACGGUAUUCAAUUUCCUUGAAUCGCGGAGAGAGACUAUCAUUGCGAUCAACUCCAAGAAUAAGGAUCUUGUCAUCUUACGGCUGUGUAAUGAGCUGCUCCGCCGGCUGUCCCGCGCAGAAGAUCCGGUAUUCUGUGGCCGGGUCUACAUCUUCAUGUUUCAGAGCUUUCCCUUGGGCGAUAAGAGUUCGGUAAAUCUGCGGGGCAAUUUCCAUGUGGAGAAUGUGACGACAUUCGAGGAUUUCCUGAAGGAAUCGAACACGGAAGAGGAUUCUAUGCAAAUCGAUGCUGAUGGGCCUGCUCCUAUUCCCAAAGAAGAGUCGAAGUCAGUGGAACCAGUCAUUCAAACUGAGGAUAUCGACAAGAGCAAGGACGCGAAACUUACGACACUUGACACGGAGACCCUCUAUCCAGUAUUCUGGUCAUUGCAGCACUCCUUCUCGAACCCGCCCAGGCUUUUCGAAGAAGAUAAUUUCAAGCAAUUUCAGAAGAGCUUGGAGGCGACGCUAGCUAAAUUCAGGGAAGUGCCCAAAGUGAUUCAGGCCGGAGAUUCAGAACGAAAGAAGGGACAAAAGUCGCGGGACGAUGACGACUACGAUGCCUUCGCCAACUCCUUUAAUCCCAAGUAUCUCACAAGCCGUGAUCUCUUCAAGCUCGAGCUGAGCGAUCUCGCCUUCCAACGCCACAUACUUGUUCAAGCACUAAUACUCAUCGACUUUUUGUUGACUCUGACCGAGGGGUCCAAGAGCAAGCCAUUUUACCAAAAUGCGCAGAAAGCGAUGCAAUACAACUUCACGCUGCGCGAGGAAGACACCGAGUGGGCAUUGGGCAUCAAGACGGCUAUUGCAAAUUACCUGCAGGAAGGCCCAGAUGGCAAAUUCUACUACCGGAUGGUGGACACCGUGCUUUCCCGCGACAAAAACUGGGUACGAUGGAAGAUGGAGAACUGCCAACCAUUCACUAGAGACAGAGUCCCCACAACGGACUUCCAACAAGCCAAGUCUGGGGCGCAGAAAGCUGUUGUUGGUAAGAAGGCGUCGAAGCCCAUGGGUGUUCCUGGCAGUUUGAAUUUCCUCUACAACAAUGAAGCGGAUAAGGGUCUCUCUCAGCUACGGCAAAGCGACAGGUUCAAUGUGCCGAAUGCAGAGUCAUAUGCAAAAAAGGUCAAGAUGACCGACUUGGAUCUGGAAAUGACUGACGCAGAGGACGAGAAGCGGCAAGCGGGGGAAAAGAAAUCCAGCUACAUCUGGCGAGGUCUUCGCGUGGCUUCGAAGACGCAGCUAAGCUCGUUCGAUAGGAUUGAGCAUGGCAAAGGCCUCGAGGCUCUUCAGCCGGCCACCUCUUCCAUUGAGGCGACGGGCGUUGACGCUGCACCCACUGCUUCGGAUGACCAGGGGGCUCUUCCGCAAGACGAGCAUCAGAGCGUCGAGGAGCAGCGGCCCGAGCAGCGUAGUCAAGUGACUGCGGAACCAGCGGCGUAG